AUGUCAUUAGAUACAUCAGUCAAUUGGCCUUUAUUUAUAUUUACUAGUUUAAUUAUAUGUCUUCGUUCAUAUGCACCGGCAGUAUGUUUAUGGGUUUUGAAUAAAUUUUAUUCACCAUCUUCAACAACGGAUGCACUAACUGAAGAAUUAAAAACUAUAACAAAAGAAUUAGCAACAAUUUCUCAACAAGAUGAAUUCGCAACUUAUUGUCGUAAAGAACGUCGACGUAAUACACUUAUUCAACAACUUAAAGAUCAAAAAGCGACUAUUGAAACAAAACAAAAUACUUCAUUAAUAUAUAUUCGAUUACUUCUCAAUGGUGCAACCGUUUUAAUGAUGAUUUUUUUAACAAUAACAGGUCGACGACAUGAAUCAAUCCCAUUAUUUAAUUUUCCAUUUUUUCGUUUUCCUUUAAUUAUUUGGAUUAUGGCAUUAAAUACAUUUGUUACUACAAUAACUGAUAUUUAUGUAAGACAUCAAACUAAUAAAAAAAGUACAGAAUAA